UCUGUAUUUUUAGCUGAGCCAGCCACUUCAUCUGCAGGCUAGCACAGUGUAGUGUGCCGUCACGUCUCCUCGUCCUUUUUCAUAUCUCACAUCUCAUCUCGCGGAGUGGUCGCACGUACGGGGCCUUCGUGGACAUGUCGUGGACAGGUUAGGGACAUGCGCCGCGUCCAGCCUGCGGAUGCUCGCCGGUGUUGAUGAUGAUGCUGAUGAUGCUGAUGAUGAUGAUGAGACGCUGCGCUGCUGCACGCAUGAUUUCAUUCUGACACCAAGUCAGUCUAGAUAUAUAUAUAUACAAAAAAAAAAAACUGGUGUUGCCUUCCUGUCUUCUUUAGUAGUGUGGAUCAGAAGAAGCAUUCAAGACGGAGGGGGCGGUGGGGCAUCGUGGAAAAAACCGGGGCAACAUGAGAGAGCGGGACUUCAUGCCCAAUAUGGAGAGGGGCAAACCUGCCACUUACACCGGGGACAAAAAGGCUAAGAUGGCCGCGAAGACGAACAAGAAGUGGGUGAGACUGGCCACGGUCUUCGCGUACGUGUUGUCCGUGUCCUUAGCGGCCAUCAUCCUGGCUAUUUACUACAGCCUCAUCUGGAAGCCCACCAGCGCGUCCUCUCCGUCCAAGCCGACCCCGCCGCAGGGGGUCACGGCUCCACCGGCGACCGUCGGCGCCAACGCGUCCGAGUGGAACUCCACGCAGAUGUUCGCUAACCGCACGGCGCGGCAACAGGGAUCCGCUGCGCCGCCGCACAGUCCGGCUUUUCAGUGGGAUCGCAUGCACGCGGAGAGCGACGAUGGACUUUACGCGUCGCCCCGCGGAGCCGCGCAGAGAUCGCGCACCGUGGGAAGGGAGGAUCACGCGGAGGAAGGAGAGGAGGAGCAGCUGGGGACUGAGGCGCCAUCAACACCCGCCGGGACGAGAGCUGCGUAACCGGGCCUCUCUUUGAUUCCUUCCCCGGGAAAGUCAGUCCACAAGUGGGCCUUGUGUUUUGCAGACAGCCGCUGGUCGGACACGACACUCAUUCGUCACUUCGUGGAUUUACUUUGGACCUGCAACUAUAAUGACUGAUGAAAAUGUUUUGUUUUAGGCCAUUUGUAUGCCUUAAGCCCAUGUUGGACUGUUUUAAGGACCUUCUCUGUGGAUGCUUUCCUUCACUGCACUGACUUGUUGCAUUUUGACAUGUAGGCUGUAUUUACUUCUCACGGAUCAAGCCUGGAUUUCAAGUAGAAUAAUCUUGCUAUAAAUGAGUUAUGCUCAGGUUUUGGUGAGAAAAUUGUGGUAAUAAGUUGGCUCUUGCCGGAGACAUAAACGGAGCGUGCGUCCUCCUGCAGCAGCUGUCAAAGAGGCAGCUGCGACUUUCGUGGCUCCUCCAUGGCUUCCAUCAGAGACCCUGGCGGUCACCACACCCCUCCGACUUUCAGCAUCAUCUAUUGCCUGGAUUGCCUGGAUUUUUGCCUACAAUUGCUCCUGCCGCGUUCGCUUAAUCAAACAACUACAAAGACGCAUUAAAAAUAAUGCAACAAUAUCGAAACGGCUGCAACACCUCAGACCUGCAAUCUGAGGCAGAGAAUGAGCUUGAGCUGCCAGAAAAAAAGGAACAGGAAGCCAGUCCAUCGUCUCGGGGACUCGGAUGAUAGCAAGGAAGACCAGGGGAAUGGUGACCUCGCAUUUCUGGGGUUGGCAAGCCAAUUGCACUGGCAGAGAAGGGAAUAAUCUCUUAACAUCGAAAAAACGAAACCACCACAUUAGUAUUAAAGAUAUGGUUAACAUUCGUAGUGCUAAAGAUAUUCCCCUCUCUUUGUAUCCCUUCUGCCAGCUCCACCGUCUUGCCGAGUGCCAGCAAGAGUCAUUAGUACUCGUCAACUCAACUCCUCAACUGGAGAUAACUUUCUAGCACCUCACCAUGGGGAAGGACUUAUUCAAAUGACUUCACCAGCACCUGCAUUAAACAUGCAGAGAGUUACACAAGAACGGCAGUCCUUCCUCGACUCCCUCCAGCCCCCGGACCAGCCCUCAACAUGUGGCAGACAGAGGAGCUUGGAUCCAGACUGGCCUACAGGCCAUCAUGGCGAGGGGGAAGAAUGGCCGACAACAUUUCCUGCUCUGCGGCUGAGGUCCAGAUACUUAGCCUGCUGGAAACUACUAAACACACCCACGACCAGCUGAUGGCGAAGGUCAACUUCUUGACCAGCAGGUUGACCAUUACCCAGGGGCCAGAAGUGGAAGUGCCGGCCAAUAUCCAGUUUCCACUGGAACAGUUGGAGGCAGUGGAGGCAUUUGACGCAUUUUUGAAUGAACCAUCAAAUGGCCCAGCUCGACAAAGAGUGGUGAGGUUUCUUACUUAAUAUGAAUGGUGCCAUUAGGUUUAUUGAUUGUCCAUGAUUAUGCAUAUAUUCUUUUGAAUCAGCCCUGACAACCAGGCCUGUCCUGAACCGCCUUUUCCCAGUGGUAAGAUUAUGUCAGUGAGCCACAAUCUGCCUGGUUUGACAUCGUGUGUAAAGGUAGCAUAGGUCCAUGAGCCAAGAGAACAGGUUCUGUUUUUUUUACAUUUCUGGACGCUUUCAACAGGGACAAAAACAUUUUAAAUGCAACUUAAGCCUAAAAAUGUUUACCUGUUUGUUUAAAGAGAUGUCUAUGCCUUUUAGAUUUCUUCUUUGGCCACCACUGCAGGCUAGGAUGUGAAGCGGGUGACCUGGAACAUCCUGGGCAGGAUCUUCACAGAUGAUGUUUCACAUCAAAUCAAUUGGAAGGUUGUCAACAACAAAAAGGCCUUUAGCAGGAUGGCAACAAAGACCUUACUUUUCAGUGCUGUAAGAAAAAAUGUGGUCCCAAGGUCAGCCACAGACGCUGAGGUCACCAAACACGCAAUCAGGUAGUUCAACCUGGCGGCGGAUCGGGCAGCGAAGAGACGAGUCCCGCCUCCACCUCCACAGACAGAGGAAUAGAAAUAUGUAUCAAUAAAAAACCUUGUAUUGAA